CCUCUUCUUUCUGCUUCCUCUUACUGUCUAGGUCUGUAAGCCACCAGGGGGCGCCCUCUGACCAAAAAUUCUUGAUACCGAAGGCAGGAUGGGGCGCACUUCCCUGAGAACUGGGUGAGGCCCUCCACUACUAAAGUGGGUGUGUGAACCUCAGCAAUCCGUGAGACGUCCAUCGUUGCUCCCAUCUUACGGAUGAAGAAACUGAGUCUUAGAGGAAUUCAGUGAGCGAUUCCUCUCUUGGGUGUGCUGAGUGACUCAAACUCGCACCCCCUCCCAGGUCUGAAUCCGCCGGCGCCCAGUCCACAGGCUCAGCUCUGUGCAUAACCUGCUUUUAUCAGGGGUUGUGACCCUCACGGCGUCCUCCCUCAGAAAGCCACCUCCAUCACAUCGGAUUCUCCACGCUUGGCUUCUCCUUUGGUUCCACUCGCCAGCACACCGUGGCGCAGGGACAGAGGCUGCCGCCGUUUCUCUGAACUCUAAGGGGUUAAGGCCUGGGUCCCGCCCCUUUUCCCGCCAGGCUGGCGGGAGUAUGAAUAGCGUCGCUCCCACUCCAGACUCUCAGUCGCUCGGGCUGCGCCUCGCCCCGCCCCGUCAUUGUCCCAAUCGGUCUCCUUUUCUUUUUCGUCCUAAAAGCUUUGAGAGCCGCUGGCUUGUCCCAGUGCCCCGCGUCUCUCCACCUUCGGUGGGUCAGACGAGCAGGAUGGAGGGCUGCCUGGGGGAGGAAUCUUUUCAGAUGUGGGAGCUUAAUCGGCGCCUGGAGGCCUACUUGGCCCGGGUCAAGGCGCUCGAGGAGCAGAAUGAGCUGCUCAGCGCGGAGCUCGGGGGUCUCCGGGCACAGUCCGGCGACACCUCCUGGCGGGCCCGUGCCGACGACGAGCUGGCAGCCCUGCGGGCCCUCGUCGACCAGCGCUGGCGGGAGAAGCACGCGGCCGAGGUGGCGCGCGACAACCUGGUGGAAGAGGUGGAGGGCGUGGCCGGCCGAUGCCAGCAGCAGCGGCUGGCCCGGGAGCGGAUGGCGGAGGAGGUGGCCCGCAGCCGGCGCGCGGUCGAGGCCGAGAAGUGCGCCCAGGCCUGGCUGAGCAACCAGGCGGCGGAGCUGGAGCGCGAGCUGGAGGCUCUGCGUGUGGCGCACGAGGAGGAGCGGGCCGGCCUGCAUGCGCAGGCCGCCUGUGCCCCCCGCUGCCCCGCGCCGCCCCGCGGGCCCCCAGCGCCGGCCCCUGAGGUGGAGGAGCUGGCGCGGCGGCUGGGCGAGGCGUGGCGCGGGGCAGUGCGCGGCUACCAGGAGCGCGUGGCCCAAAUGGAGACGUCGCUGGGCCAGGCCCGUGAGCGGCUGGGCCGUGCGGUGCAGGGCGCUCGCGAGGGUCGUCUGGAGCUGCAGCAGCUCCAGGCCGAGCGCGGUGGCCUCCACGAGCGCAGGGCCGCGCUGGAGCAGAGGUUGGAGGGGCGCUGGCAGGAGCGUCUGCGGGCCACUGAGAAGUUCCAGCUGGCCGUGGAGGCUCUGGAGCAGGAGAAACAGGGCCUGCAGAGCCAGAUCGCCCAGGUCCUGGAAGGUCGGCAGCAGUUGGCACACCUCAAGAUGUCCCUCAGCCUGGAGGUGGCCACAUACAGGACCCUUCUAGAGGCUGAGAACUCCCGGCUGCAGACACCCAGCAGUGGUUCCAAAGCUGCCCUCAGCUUGCAGGACCCGAAGCUGGAGCUACAUUUCCCUGGGACCCCAGAGGGCCGGCGCCUGGGACCUUUGCUUUCUGUCCUGAGCCCAACUCCCCUCUCCUCAUCCUUGCCUGAUACUCUCGAGACACCUGUGCCAAACUUUCUGAAGAGACAGGAAUUCCUCCAGGCCCGUACCCCCACCUUGGCCAGCACCCCCAUCCCACCCACACCUCAGCCUCUCCGCUCUGCUACAGAUGCAGAGGUCAGAGUUCAGGAUGCCCCUCUCUCCCUGCUCCAGCCAAAGGUUGAGAGGCAACAGGUUCCAGAGGCCAUGUGGGCUGAAGCCAAGGUGGCUAUCCCUGCCAGUGUCCUGCCAGGACCAGAGGAGCCUGGGGGCAAGCUGCAAGAGGCCGGUACAGGCCAGUCCCCUGAGGAUCAUGCCUCCUUGGCCCCACCCCUCAGCCCUGACCACCCCAGUUUAGAGGCCAAAGAUGCAGAACCCAGUGGAUCUAGAGUGUCCAGCAGGUUCCAGGAGGAAGGUGAAGGGCAAGUCUUGGGGCUGGCAGAGAAAGAAACAGCCGUAGAAGUCAAAGGGGUGAGCAGCUUGCAGCAGGAAACACAGCAAGAAGAAGGGGAUCUGGACAUGAAGGAAAUCCAGGACUCCCAGGGUCCUUUGGAAAAAGAAACUCUGAAGGCUCUGGAAGAGGAGAUUCAAGAGCCACUGAUGUCUCUGGGAAAACAAAGCCAUGAGACACUGAGCUCUCUCGAGAAAGAGAAUCAAGAGUCUCUGAGGUCUUUAGAAGAAGAGAACUUAGAAACACUAAAAAGUCCAGAAAAGGAGAAUCAAGAGCUAUUGAAAUCUUUAAAAGGAAAGGACAUGGAGGUAGUGAGACCUCUGGAAAAAGAGACUGUAGAACUACUUAAGCCUAUAGGAAAAGACCCACAGACAUUGCAAUCUCUAGAAAAGGAGAAUCAAGAACUAAUGACAUCUCUUGAAGAUAAUCUAGAGACAUUUUCAUAUCCAGGAGAGGAAAAUCAAGAAUUAGUGAGGUCUCUAGAAGAGGAGAACUUUGAGUCAUUGAGAGCUCUAGAAAGGGAGAAUCAAGAGCCACUGACAUCUCAAGAAAUAGAGAACCAAGAGACAUCAAGACCUCUAGCAAAAGAGAAUCAAGAGCUACCGAGGUCUCUAGAAGAAGAGGAUCAGGAGACAUCAAGACCUCUAGAAAAAGAGCAUCCUGAGUCCCUGAAGUCUUUAGAAGAUGAGAAUCAAGAGACCUUGAGGGCUCCAGAAAAAGAGGACCAGGAGUCCCUUAGGUCUCUAGAAGAUAAGAAUCAUGAGACCUUGAGACUGCUAGAAAAGGAGAACCAGGAGCCAUUGAAGUCGCUAGAAGAUGAGAACCAGGAGAUAAUGAGACCUUUAGAAAAAGAGAACCAAGAGCCACUGAGGUCUCUAGAAGAAGACCAAGAGACAAUGAGACCUCUAGAAAAAGAGAACCAGGAGCCACUGAGGUCUCUAGAAGAAGAAGACCAAGAGACAAUGAGAACUCUAGAAAAAGAGAACCAGGAGCCACUGAGGUCUCUAGAAGAAGACCAAGAGACAAUGAGACCUCUAGAAAAAGAGAACCAGGAGCCACUGAGGUCUCCAGAAGAAGACGACCAAGAGACAAUGAGACCUCUAGAAAAAGAGAAUCAGAUGACAUUGGGACCUCUAGAAAAGGUGGAACCAGAGCCACUGAAGUUUCUUGGAAAAGACCAGGAGAUAUUGAGACCUCUUGAAAAAGAGAAUCAAGAGUUAUUAAGGUCCCUAAAAGAAGAGAGUGUAGAGGCAAUGAGAUCUUUAGAAACAGAGAAUCUAGAACCACUAAAGUCUACAGGAGAAGAUCUGGAAAUAUUGAAAUCUCUAGAAACCCAAGAGCCACUCUGGUCUCUAGAAGAAAUGAAUCAGGGGACAAUGAAACCACCAGAAAAGGAAAUUCAAGAACCACUAGUGUCUGUGGAAGAGAAUCAAGAGACAUUGAGACCCCUAGAAAAGGAGAAUCAAGAAUCACUGAGAUCUCUAGGAGAAAGGAACCUGGAGAAUUUGAGAUCUCCAGAAGAGGUAGACAAGGAAAGUCAAAGGUACCUGGAAGAGGAAGAGAACGUGGACAAGGGGGAGAAUCAAGAGUCCCCGAGGCCUCUGGAAGAGGAGGGACAGGAGCUGCCGCUGUCUGCGGAUCGGCAGAGGAGGGAAGAUAUGGUGGUGGGGGACCAAGAAUUGGAUCAGGAAAUGCCCCCUGGGAGGGCUGGAAUGGACAGCGAGGGUGAGGCAGAGCUCGACCCGAGGGCACAGGAUGGCUUGGCUGGGGAGGAGGAGUCUAUAGAGGAGGGGGAGCCGCAGCUGACUGCCGCAGGGGAGGGGUGCCCAGGGAGCCCUGAGCCCAAAGAGCACAGGAUCCCAGCUGAGGGAGCCAGCGGGGAGGGAGGUGCUAAGGGCCUCCAAGACCCCGAAGGGCAUCCGGAGCAGGUGGGGGCCCCAGGCCUCGGAGCUCCCUGGGGAAUGUCAGAGGUGAUAGAAGCAGUGUUGAAAGAGGAGGAGGAGGCCCCGAGGGAUGGCCGAGCCUCCCCUGAGGUCACCUCAGGGUUAGAGACAGCUGUGGGUGUGGGCGAGGCUGCUAUGGAAACUGAGCAGGGGCCUGGGCAGGAGGCCCUAGAGCUGGAGGACCCAGGCCUCCUGGCUAGAGAGGAGGUGAUGGAGCCACUCCUGGGCGAGGAAGGUUUGGAGGCAAAGAGGGUACAGGGCUUGGAAGGGCCUGGAAAGGACCUAGAGGAGGCAGCUGCCCUGGAGCCAGAGCUCUCCACACUGCCUGGGAAGAGCAGAGACCCCCCGGAGCCUCCCAGGGGCUGGGAGGAGUCAGAGCCUGAGGCCCCCUGGGGAGCAGAGCAGGUGUUCCCUGCUGAGAACAUGUGCCAUGAUGGAAGUGAUACCCCUCAACCCAGGCCCCUGGGGUCAGAGGAAGCAGUGGAGGAUGCAAAACCAGUCCUGGGGACCCCCAGCCCAAGGCCUGUUGAGCCCCGGUCACCCACCCCAAUCUGUGAAGAUGCCCCUGGGCCCCAGCCCCUGGCUGAGGGGAGCCAGGAGGCUGGCUGGGAGCUGGAGGGCAAGGCUGAGGCCCUGGAGAAGGUGGAGAGUGAGCAGGAGGAGUUGGGUUCUGGGGGGAUCCCUGAGGGCCUCCAGGAGGAGGGGGAGGAGAGCAGAGAAGAGAGUGAGGCUGAUGAGCUGGGGGAGACUCUUCCCGACUCCACUCCCUUGGGCCUCUACCUCAGGUCCCCUGCUUCCCCCAAGUGGGACCUGGCUGGGGAGCAGAGGCCCUCCCCUCAAGGGGAGACCAGAAAGGAAGGCUGGGAUCCUGUGGUCCUGGCCUCUGAGGGCCUCAGGCCCCACCCCUACCCCUCAGAGGAGAGGGAGGGAGAUGAGGAGGAGGAAUGCGGCCGGGACUCUGACUUGUCAGAGGAAUUUGAGGAUCUGGGGACCGAGGCUUCUCUCCUUCCUGGGGUCCCUGGGGAGGCAGCAGAACCUCUGGGCCAGGUACCCCAGCUGCUUCUAGAGCCUGCAGCCUGGGAUCGGGAUGGGGAGUCUGAUGGGUUUGCAGACGAGGAAGAGAGUGGGGAGGAGGGAGAGGAAGAAGAUGAAGAGGAAGAGGAGGGGAGGGAGCCAGGGGCUGGGCGGUGGGGCCCGGGGUCCUCUGUUGGCAGCCUCCCUGCCCUGAGUGGCCCUCAGACAGGAAAGCUCCCAGAGUCUGAGACCAUGGAUGUCACCGUGCCCUGGGAUGAUGGCUUGAGGGGUGUGGUGGGUGAUGCCCCCGUGACUGCCUUGGGGACUGUGUCCCAGGACAGCACUGAGCCCUCAGGCUCAGAAGAGGAGUCUAACCCUGCUCCCUUGGAGAGGGAGGACCAAGUCCCUGGCCCUCUGGAGACCCUCAGUGGGGAGGAGGACACAGGCCCGGGGGUAGGGGACACGCUUGGUGUCAAUGGCCAGGGCCCCAGCUUGAAGGAAGAGUUGGAGCAUGUGAAUGGGGGGGUGGUGAACGGACUGGAGCAGUCUGAGGGAGUAGAGCAGGGGAAACUGGGGGCCCCCGAGGGGGACAGAGGGAGCCCCCUGGAGGGGGCGGAGGAGGGUGCCCUGAAGACCACUUGGGCAGGGGCUCCGCUUCAGCUGGGCCCCGGCCAGUUCCUGAAGUUCAGUCAGAGGGAAGGAGAUGGAGAUUCCUGGUCCUCGGGGGAGGACUAGAGAAAGAGCUCCUCUUCCUGCACUGAGGAUGGGGGGGGCGGGGGAGAUGUCCCUAAGGACCCUCCCUUCUCACCCUAACUUGUGUUCUCUUGACCCGUGGUUUCUGUCCGAGAGGCCUAGCUGGCCAAGGUGAAAUGGGGUGUGGCAGAGGGACCUGUUCCAAGUAUGGAGGCUCCAGGAGUAAAAAACAUCCUGCCCGCACUGCCCCGUCAGGCUCAAGCCAGCUGAAUCCCUGUGGAUGAGGCUCCCUUUCCUGCACCUGCUUCCCUCCCCAUCUCAUCAGCUCCUCCCAGGGGAGAGGGCUCGCCAGCCCUGCCCCUCCUCACUGCACCCUCAUGGGGUGUCUGGCCACCGGGGGAGGGGGAAGAGUGUUCCUAUGUCCUGACCCCCCUAUUCCUGCCAUGCUGUGGCCCUGCCUGGCUCACCCCUGCCUCAAUAAAGUAAAGCCUCUGCCUACAAA